UUAAGUGAAUCGUGAAGGUUGUUGGCCCACACCGUGUCUAUUUUCGAAUCGCUGCUCGUUGGUUUUGUUAUCGGUCUACUGCAUAAAUAGAAGAAGAUACAUCAAUUGAUUAGCUUAAUUUUUCGUGAACAUAUAAUUGCGUCAGCGCCUUAAACAUGGGUUUGCGUAGUUCCAAACAUUCACCCAAAAGCUAUGACAUAGCCCCUGUGGUUUCAGAUAAAGAUUUUAGUUACAAGAAAACUCCAAGGCCAUUGCCUGAAGUGAUUAUAACACCAGAAACACCAGUGGGGAAUACACCAAUUGAAAAUGGGAAUAGCGAAUUGGCAACGCUCACACCAACCGAAACGAAUGGAACAGUUGACAAUGUAAUACCUGCAACCGUUGAAACUGUAACUUCCUCCACUGUUGAAACUGUAGCACCCAUUGCCACUUCCCUUGUUGAAGAAACACAAGAAAAAUCUACGGAUAAUCAGCCUGAAGUUUCUGGUAUUCCUUCCUGGGUAAAUGAGGAUAAUUUCAAACCCUUGCUUGCCCAAUUAUAUCCUCAAUUUUCGGAAAUUAUAAGCUUAGAAGCCAAACCAGCUUUAGCCCCUGGUGAAAACUAUGCCACUCUUAUGUUAAGAGUUAAAAUUACUAUUAAACUGAUGAAUGCCAGCACGCUUGAUCUCUCCUUUAUGCUAAAGGUGGCCCAUGACAAUCCGCAAAUGAUGGAAAUGCUUAAGCGCAUAAACUUCUUUGAUACUGAAAAUGCUGUCUACAAUGAUGUGAUACCUGAGAUGGAGGACAUGUAUCGUCAAGCUGGUGUGGAAGUGCACUUUGGAGCCAAAGCAUAUCGUUUGGGUCCCGAGGCCCCCGGUGCCUAUUAUGUUCUAUUGGAUGAUUUAGGCUUGCUUGGCUAUAAAAAUACCAAUCGUUUAGAAUGCUUGAACCAGGAACACACCGAGGCUGUUUUACGCAAAAUGGCUAUGUUCCAUGCCGCGUCGGCAUUUAGGGCAGAAACUAAAGGCAAAUAUCCAACUACUUUCUCGCCGGAUAGGGAAGAUCCUUUUGCCCGUGCCAUGAUUCAACAAAUGUUUGGUUCAUUCAAAAAACCUUUUCUGGAUAAUAUUCAUCGUUUUGAGAAUGGUGAAAAAUACGCCGAAUCUAUGGACAAAUUUUUCGUUAAUCUUGUCGAUGAAUUUGUGUAUGGUCGCAAGGCAAACCCAGAGUUUUUCAAUGCCCUUAAUCAUGGUGAUUCUUGGUCCAAUAACAUACUCUUCAAAUAUGAUGCCAAUGGCAAAGUGGAAGACUUACUUUUUGUUGAUUUCCAAAAUACUAAUUAUUCUUCGCCGGCUCAGGAUCUUCACUAUUUUCUAAUAUCAUCUACCCAAGUCGAUAUAAAGGUAGCAAAAUAUGAAUACUUCAUACACUUUUAUCACAAACACUUGGAGAAGAGCUUGCGUUUGCUGAAAUAUCCUGAGGAUAAAAUACCCAGCUUGAGGGAUCUACACCAACAACUGAUCACUUAUGGAUCAUGGGCUACCAUAACCGCAUUCAUGACAAUGGGAGUAGUUCUCUUGGACCCCCAUGAUGAUGCCAAAUUUGACAACUUCUUCAGUGAUAACAAGGAGGGCUUGGACUUUAAGAAUUUACUUUUCUCAAAUCCUCGUUAUAUCAAACACAUCAAUGAGGUGCUGCCAUGGUUGUACAAUCACGGUUUUAUGGAAUCAAGCAUUCCUAGUGACAAUACAACCGCUUCAACUGAUAAGUUAAGCGUGCCUAUUCCAACACAAGAAACAGUGACCGACAAAUUCAACUAUCCCAAUUGGGUGAAUGAAUCGUAUUUCGAAGACAUUAUACGUGAAGAGUUUGGAAACUACCAGAGAAUUUCAAAAUUCAUCGUCGGUCCCGCAACAAGUGCUGGAGAUAACUAUGCAUCGAUAAUGUUGAAGAUUGAUAUUGAUGUCGAACUAACAGAUGAAUCACAUCGCGAUCUCUCAUAUAUGGUGAAAAUUCCUCCUAGUGGAGAACAGGCUAAAAAAACUGUUGCUUUCUUUAAUUCAUUUACAAAGGAAAUUAAGGCCUACAAUGAAAUUAUACCUAAGUUUGAAGAGGUAUUCCAGAAACAGACCGACAUGAAAGUGAUAUUUGCUCCGAAGAGCCAUAAACCAACUAAAGAUAAUGGCUGCGAUACCCUAAUAUUGGAGAACUUAAGUGUCAAGGGGUUUAAAACUGGUGAUCGCCUACAGGGUUUAAACAAGGAUCACAUUUUGGAGGUACUCAAAAAGCUGGCCCAGUAUCAUGCAGCGUCUGCUUAUUUGUUCGAGAAAGAAGGUCGUUACGACAUUGUUUUUGAAAAAUCAACAUACCAAAGAGAGAUCAAGGCUGAAAGGGAGCCUAUGUUUAAGAAAUUCUAUGACAUAUAUCUCAACUGCCUCAGCGGCUAUAAUGGAUGUGAGGAAUAUAAAGACAGUGUGAAACUUUUCCUAGACAAUGGCUAUGAUAGUAUGGUCGAUACAUUUGCUGUCGAUUUUAACAAAUUUAAUGUUCUAAACCAUGGCGAUUGCUGGGUGAACAAUAUCAUGUUCCAAUACAAUGAGAAGGGCGACAUUACCAAUACAUAUUUCGUGGACUAUCAAAUGGGUCAAUAUGGCUCUCCUGCCCAGGAUCUCUACUACUUUUUGUUAACUUCAGCCAAAUUGGAAUUGAAAUUGGAUCAUUUUGAUUAUUUCAUACGUUUUUAUCAUGAACAUCUGGAGGCCAAUCUAAAGUUGUUGAAUUAUCCAAAAGCUAUACCAACAUUGAAGGAGCUUCAUAUGGAGCUACUACAAAAGGGAGGCUUUGCUGUGUAUGCUGUUACUGGAGCUUUGGGCGCCAUACUUUUGGAACCCAGCGAUAAUGCCAAUUUAGAUAAUAUGCUAAAAGAAGGCGAAGAUGGAAAUGCUUUCAAGAAAAAUAUGUACUCAAGUCAACGUUAUCGUACAAAUGCCGAAGCGAUUCUGCCAUGGAUGUAUAGAAGAGGUUUAUUCGACUUGAAUGUCAAAUUACCUGAAACAUCUUCACCAGCUGCAGGUGAAAUGAAAAUCGCUACAAUACCAUCCUGGAUUGAUGCUAACCACUUCCAUAAUAUACUGAAAACUGAUGUUGAACAUAUUGAACGAAUAAUUAGCGUAAAUGCUGCAUCGGCUACAAAAGCGGGUGACAAUUAUGCUUCUGAUCUACUGAGAGUAAAAGUUGAGGCCUCACUUUUAGAUGGUAGCAUUGUCACCAAAUCCUACAUUCAUAAAAUGCCAGUUGAUUCGGAGGAAAGCAAGAGCAUGUUGGCUAUGAUGAAUUUAUAUGAGAAAGAAGGUAUUAUGUACUCCAAAUACUUACCUGAAUUUGAGAAAUUGUAUGCUGAACGUGGAAAAAAUAUUGCAUUUGGCCCUAAAUAUUACAACUUCAGUACCCAAGACACGGAAGAAGAUAUUAUUAUACUAGAGGAUCUAAGCCAAAGUGGAUUUAAAUGCAUUGAUCGUCGUGAAGGCUUGGAUAUGUCACACACUAAGUGUGUGCUAGAAAAAUUGGCUCAAUUUCAUGCAGCAUCCGCUAAAUAUGUUGAACUGCACGGCCCUUAUCCGGCAAUGUUUCAGAAGGGCAUAUAUACGGAAGAAACCCGGGCCCUAUUUGAAAGUAUGGACUCCAGCAUUUUCUUUGAAUAUUUCAAACAGUUCGACAACAAUGAGGAGUACAUUGACAAAGUGCCCGCCUUACAGGCCAAUAGUGUGGACUCCAAUAUUCGCAUGAGUAUUAUUGAUCGCAGUGAAUUUAAUGUCCUGAAUCAUGGCGACAGUUGGAUCAAUAACAUAAUGUUUAAGCACGACAAAGAUGGCAAUGUCGAGCAAACCUACUACAUCGAUUACCAAGUUUGCAAAUAUGGCACUCCGGCUCAGGAUCUUUGGUACUUCCUUAUGACUUCCACCAAGUUGGAUAUUAAAGUCGAUAGCUUUGACUAUUUCAUACGGUAUUAUCAUGAGAACUUGGUGGAAAAUCUAAAAUUAUUGGAAUUCAGCGGAAAUGUGCCAAACCUAAAUGAACUGCAUCAGACCAUGUUGAAAUAUGGUUUCAUGGGUUACAACACAACCAUGGGCACUACCGCCAUAUGUCUGUUGGAGUCAACUGAAAACGUUAAUUUGGCAAAUUUCAUGGCCGCCACGCCUGAGGGCCGAAAGUUCCGUGAUGCUUUGUUUUUGAAUGACAAGUAUAAGGCAAAUGCAGCGAUUGUCUAUCCAUGGCUGGCCCGACGUGGUUGUUUAGGCUAAGAUAAAAGUGCUCGUAAUUGUUACCUUGUGACCUCUUCACUUAUUAUUUAUUAUUUGAUUUAAGUACAGGUUAAUAAUAAAUGGUGUUUUUUUAAA